AUUUUAAAUAUUUGAGUGGAGGAUGGCUACGACUUCGGGUUUUUCUGUGUCUUUUUUUACUAUUUUCAAAUAUUAUUUGUGGUUAUUUACUUGUUUUAGAUACUUUAGUUUUAAGUGAACGAUAGUUUAGGAAAAUAUAUAUGGGGUUAAAUGAGUUGUAGUAUCAACAAAUAUUCAAAGGAUUCAUGAUUGGAUCUCGGCGGCUUAGAGUGAUGAUGAUUAAACGUGGAUCCUCAUGCUUAGAAUUAUCGGCUAUAAUAUUGUCUAUAUAAUGAUUAUCAUAAUUUGUAAUAGCAUAUUUGACAAAAUAAAAUGUGAUGUAAAAAUGAGUUGAGUAGGCAACAAUUCUAGCUUCUUAUAUAUGAGGGUUCAUGUCUGACUCCAUCACAUUAGCCGCCUUAUGAAAUUCACGUUUGACGAUACUCUUUUCACUAUGUUACAUAUUUAUUUUUAUUUUUAUUUUUGAAUUACUAAGAGGUUCGGUCAGAAGUCUUCAUCCCCAAAAUCCGAAAUUACGACAUAUGAUAUUAGUUUUUUUCCAACGAGAUCAUCCAAACUGAGAAUCUUUGACACAAUGACCAGAAUUCUUUCCAUCUGGGCUAAUAAUCUCUAUGGUAAUGUUACGUAUCUCGAAAUCCAAACCUCUUGAUGUAUAUAUUUAUUGCUAUUUGACAUAGUUUAUGGUUUCCAAGUAACAAGUACAAAGUUAAACCAUUCUUAAUUAGCAAACAAAACAAGGAAGGCCGGAUAUUCUUCAACUGAAACAUACACGCAUAAAAACAAAAUAUGAUCAACACAUUGUAUAUAUCUGUGAAGAGAAAUAUGUAACCAAAACUUACAUGUAGAUAAUUAUUUUGUAUAUCUUUAUUGUAACCAAGCUUGGCAAAUAAAACAAGGAAGGCUCGGCCGGAUACUAUUCUUCAGCUGAAACAUGCAAGCAUAAAAUCAAAUAUUAUUAAAACAUUGUAUUUUAGAAGAGAAAUAUGUAACCAAAACUUACAUAUAGAUUACAAAGAAACAAAUAUGAAAUCUGAGAAUAUGUAAUGUUUCAUAAAUCAUUAAGUGGCAACUAAGCGUUCUAUAAAAGAUUGUUGAUUAGGCAGUUGUCUAAAUUAAUUCUUUUAGCAUACAAAAAUUAUUUUGUCGAAGUCAGACUUUCCGAUUAAGCGUACGCCUAGACCGAUUAAAGAAACUGGUAAAAAUACUCAUCUAGUGAAUAUAGUACAAAUGAAAAACAAUUCGGCUAAACUAAUUAUAGGUGGUGUUAAGAAAUUCACAUAAACUAAAAAUAAUAUUUAUUUCCAAAAAUAAUGUUUUAAUUAUAUAUAUAUAUAUAUAUAUAUUAAGGAUAUUUAAAAGAUUGAGUGAAUAAUUAUUUAAUUUUUGAAAAGUUUGUUCCUUCAUAUAAUACUUACAUAUCUUUUGUUUCGUUUUUGAAAGAUUUUUUUUUAAUUCCAAAUUUGUUUAAAUUUCUAUCUUUAUGUUAAUAUUAGUGGUAAAAAAAUUUAAUAUGUAAUUUUAGUUGAUAGACUUACUGCAUACGUCUACAAUCAUGCCAAUUACUUGACACCACGUAUGACCUUGUGUUAAUUACUGACCCUUACUUCUUACGUAAUAAGAUAAGGUUGUAAUAAGCACUACAUUUGACUUCCGGGUUACCAAAAUAGCAUGAGGGGAAGAAACCCUCCUCUUCAUCAAUAGCUACUUCUCGACCUUUUUUUUUUGUUUAAGGAGAGAUCUUGUCUGACUUCUAAGGCUCUAAGACUUUUGGUCCAGUUUGUUUGGUACGUAAAACUAGGUUCUCUUUUUAUCGUUUAGUAUUGGAUUUGAUACGACGUUUUCAUUGUUUAAUGGCAAAUCUCAUUUCUGUAGUAAAUUCGGAUCGGUUUUGGAUCGUAGAGUGUUAAGAUAUAAACCAUCUGUGCUCGAUAUGUUUACAACUUUAGUAAAACCCUAAGAAUUCUAUUUAUUUAUUUUCAGAUUCUUUAAUCGCAGCUUAUCAUCAACAACCAUGCUACAAUCUGCAAUAAAAAAGAAGACAUCAUCAUCAUCAUCAUCAUCAUCAUCAUCCGUUUCCAUGAUGCCAGCCUGGUCUCGUCUGCCAGAGGAGCUACUGCACAUUAUAUCCGAGAAUGUGGAGGACUGUUUCGAUAUUGUUCAUGCUCGUUCUGUUUCCAACUCGUGGAGAUCCACAUUUUCCUUUCCUUGCAUGUUACGCCGCCAAAGUUACUCUCUUCCUUCCUUCGUCAACUUCCCUAGCGAAAGCAAAGGCUUGUGCACCCUUGAGAAGAUCCCUUUGUUCCUCUUUCGAGUCCAAACUCCUCCUCCUGCCUCGGCUUCUGAGUAUUUGCUAGGAGGGAUAGGCCGAGAUGAGUCAGAGGAUCUGACAGAGCUUCCAUCUCCUGUUCAGUGUUCAGUGAAAGUGAAGAUCCCAGGAUACGAGCCAACUUUGAUGAACAUGCGUGACGGCCAGAUCUUCCCUCUUGGCCAUCAGUACAGAAUCAGUUGUGAUUCUAAAGACUACAGAAGCGUAGCUUUUCUUCAGCUAAACCAGGAGGGAAGAGAAGAAUUCAUUGUGCUUCUCGGCUUCAGUAGCUUUUUUUUGCGGUUAAGAAGUUCUGAAAUGAAGUGGAAGCUGGUUAUGGGAUUCAGAACUCCUUUAUCUGACGAUAUAGUAACUUUCAGACGCAGGUUUUAUGUAACCGUUCGUGAUACGAGUUUGACUAAGAUCUAUACUUUCAGGAUAGAUCCUUUCUCGUUGCGCAUGACUCGCUUGAUGCCCCUGAAUAAUGUGGGCUCGCUAAAAUAUCUGGUGCCAUGUGGCAAUGAUGACGAACUUUUCAUGGUUGAGAAAUUCCUCUCUUUUUAUAAUAAUGUAAUAGAUUUUUCUCGGUUUACAUGCAAAGUGAGUAGGCUACAUGAGGAAAGUGAUCUAUGGGUUGAGGUCAGUGACUUAGGAGACCGUGUGUUAUUUAUAAGACAGCAGGGAAAUGUCUCAUGCUCGGCUAAGGAGCUUCCUGAUGGUUGUGGUGUGAGUGGGAACUCAAUUCUGUUCACAAAUGAGCUAGACAAUGGAACAUACGUCUAUAAAUAUGGAGUGGAUACAGGAAGAGGGGAAGAUGAUAUCAACUGUUGGAAUUUCUCAGGAGAGAAUCGUGUGACUAUCCUCAGUACAUCUCCCGUGGUGAGUUUCCGUGUUGAACACUAAGCGGGUAGAAAUUUU